GUGGCGCGGGCAGGGCUCCGGGCGCGAGCCAGGCUCCCGCAGCAGCACAUUCAUCGGCUGCCAAGAGGAGCCGCCGGGCGCUCGCAGGCUCGCAGGCUCUCAGGCUGGGCGCGCGCUGCUCUCGGGAGGACCGAGCCACCGAGCCAAACCCCGCCACCGCCGCCUCCUCUCCGCGCGAGCCAUGGCCGGCCUCGGCCACCCCUCCGCCUUCGGCCGGGCCACCCACGCCGUGGUGCGGGCUCCGCCCGAGUCCCUGUGCCGCCACGCGCUGAGGCGCUCGCAGGGCGAGGAGGUGGAUUUCGCUCGCGCCGAGCGCCAGCACCAGCUCUACGUGGGCGUGCUGGGCAGCAAGCUAGGGCUGCAGGUGGUGCAGCUGCCCGCCGACGAGAGCCUGCCCGACUGCGUGUUCGUGGAGGACGUGGCCGUGGUGUGCGAGGAGACCGCCCUCAUCACCCGCCCCGGGGCGCCCAGCCGCAGGAAGGAGGUUGACAUGAUGAAAGAGGCUUUGGAAAAACUUCAGCUCAAUAUAGUAGAGAUGAAAGAUGAAAACGCAACCUUGGAUGGAGGGGAUGUCCUAUUCACAGGCAGAGAAUUUUUUGUGGGCCUUUCCAAAAGGACAAAUCAACGAGGUGCUGAAAUCUUGGCUGAUACUUUUAAGGACUACGCAGUCUCCACAGUCCCUGUGGCCGAUUCUUUGCAUUUAAAGAGUUUCUGCAGCAUGGCCGGACCUAACCUGAUUGCAAUAGGGUCCAGUGAAUCUGCACAGAAGGCCCUCAAGAUCAUGCAACAGAUGAGUGACCAUCGUUAUGACAAGCUCACUGUACCCGACGACAUGGCCGCCAACUGUAUAUAUCUAAAUAUCCCCAGCAAAGGGCAUGUCCUGCUGCACCGAACCCCAGAGGAGUAUCCAGAAAGUGCAAAGGUCUAUGAGAAACUCAAGGACCAUCUAUUGAUCCCUGUGAGCAACUCGGAGAUGGAAAAGGUGGACGGCUUGCUCACCUGCUGCUCCGUUUUUAUUAACAAGAAGAUAGACUCCUGAGCCGGAGAGUCCCUCCCCUGUGGCCAGCAAGUGGCCGGGGCCAGGCUGAUGGCUCUGUACCCAUUCCUCCUGUUUCCUUUGACAAUCUACUGUGCCACUGUGCUACUAACUCUUGUUUACACACACAAAAAAAAAAAAAAAAGAAGAAGAAGAAGAAAGAAAAAAGAAAAACUAAUUCCAAUUUUAAUCGCCUCAUUCUCCACACCCUCCUUUUCCUCACAGUGGUCCCUAACCUGUGCAUUUGCUAAAUGAAUUAAGCAACCUAGGAAAUACAGAACUAACGAAUCAUUGGAAUGCGAUUGAUAGUGUGGAAGCCCCUCAUUUCAGUGUUUGUGUUCUUAGUGUGGGAAUAACUUAGCUGCAGGCCAUUCUGAAGACUCUUACCGACCAGCCAAAUAAGCAAGGGACUUUCUUUCUCUGUAUCAUGAAUCGAGCUUAGUUCCUAUAAAAUUCCCUAGAACAUGGAUUUUUUUCCCAUUCCCCUCUCUUCUCGCCUCUAAAAACCCUUCUUCUGGGUCUUUCUGUGGUCUUCCCCACUUCUUUCGUAAUCGCCUUGACCUUGGAUUUACCCAAGCUCUUGCGACAUGGAUGCCAUCCCGAAGGUCCACCCUAUGUGCACUCCUCUCUGACUUACAGCCACUUCUCCACCACCAGCAGCAAAUCAGAGUGGCUGGUUGGGGAACAGGAACCUCACAGAGGCACACCCUGACAGGCUUUCCCAUUGCCACACCUAGGAAGGUAAAUCCAGCCUCAGGUGGUUGAUGCAGGAUGUUAGAUGCAGGCGCCUAGAAACACCCCAUGGGUACAUCAUAGAGAGACUGAGUCACAUGCCGUGAGCUCGCCUCAUGACUGGUCCUGUAGCGUGGAGGAAGUCUUUCUCCACUCCACCACCUCUCCCUUUCUCUCAGCUUCCUUCUGACUCACCUUGUAUCUACCCCCUUAGAAUCAUCAAGAUCUUGAACCAGUCAUUUCCUUCAAAAGAAGCAGAGCAUGUCCAAUGACUGUUGAUGGUCCGGUGAGAGCCAGGGGGAGCUGCCUCCACCCAAGGCCUGGGAGCGCAGUCAGGAAAUGGUUCCUAAGGUCAACCUCAAACAAUGUCUGAGUCUCCUGUGAAAUAUCCAUGAUUGUUUACUGUGGAAUUCAAGUGAAACUUCAAAUUACACACCGCUCAGCUGGCACGGGUCGCCCACAGAGAGCGAUACCACAGCAAAGGAAGAGAGCAUUCCUCUUUUAAAAAAGCUGAAACAGGCCAGGGACACAGUGCUUUACAAGGCACGGUGACCCAGCCAGGCAUGUCAUCAAACCUCUGGUCACUUCUACCUUUGCUGUAUAGUCUGCAGUUUAUCAUUCAAGAUUUAAAGUUGAGGAGACAAAAACUAAGUCAGCUCUAUCUCUCCUUUGUGAUCAGUGUUUCUUAUAAUGAGGGCAGGAGAGGCUGGUCUCCAUUGCAUUCCCCUCAGUAGAUAGAAGUGAGAAGACCGGGGCUUCCUUCACCACUCUUCUCUUACUUGGAGAUCUCUCUGACGAAAUCUCCAUCCCCUCCUUGCUUCUCUAACUUUAGACUCAUAGCACAUGCAAAUACCUAACUCUGCGCACCCUGGGAAUGAACCAUAUCCUGGUCGCUGUCAUAUUUCACAACAUACCAUGAGUGAAUAAUUAUGUUUUUUUCCAGGGCAAAUGAAUGUGGGCCAGUUGCCUAAAUUAAUAAAGAAAACUUGUUCUCAGCAAUUAUGACUGCCGUUGGGGGGUUAAAUUUGACCCUAUACUAGUAAAAACAGUUUCUCCUUGCGAGAGGUGACCAUCUCAAAAUCCACCACAGGAAAAACAGCCCACUGUACAUGUACCAGCAUGCAACUGUCACUGAAGUCCCUUUUCUCAUCCUGGUUACAGAACUGUCCUCUGUUACGUUCAGUCAGUUAUGAGUGAGUAGAUUUUUCAUGGCAACAGUCUUUUCUACCAAAGGUGGUUUUCCAGUUCCUCUUUCCUUUGUGUUCCUCUUUCCUUCUUUGUCCUGAGAAAUUGACUAGAGUCACUGCCUCUUCCCCAUCUUGUUCUGCUCUUCAGGCCCCCUGUGUGAUAGAGAUGUGAACACUCAAAAUACACGCAGCAUUGCCCCUUCGAUGUUCUCAUCACAUAACGUUACCUCUGAAAGAGAAAGAUGUCAUUGCCCCAGUUCCCCUCUCGUCCAUUGUGUCUCACAAAGAUGGGAAGUCUAACAAAAAUGCUUCUUGACAUUAUAACAAUGGGAGGAGUUACAUUUAACUAAGUAUGUAGCUUGGGUAAGAAUGAUCAGGUCAGUAUGAGUUGGUUUAGUGAAGAGAUGAGCUAGAAGGAUUGCAUCUUUAGCAUUGUGUCUUUAACUGGUGGGUUGCUGUACAAAUCGGUGGCAGAUCUCUCUCCAUAGUGUGUUCAUUAUGCUAGAAUGCUACUAGGAAUCGAACACUAAGGCCAUCAUCUCUAUAUCUCUAAGAAGGGAAGUUAGGCCAGGCUGUAGUCUCACAGUGUGGCCUGUGUAGGGUUGCAUGCUACUCUCUAGGACGCUACAGAAUUCAGACAUAGUUUCUGUGCAGUGUUAGGUUUGUGCUUUUUUUUUUUUUUUUAUCUUCUUGCCUGCCAUCUUCCAGCCAAUGUAUGGUUAUCCAGUCUGUGUGCCAAAGCCAGCCAUAUCUCCCACGACCCAUUAGUCCAGAGGAGUUCUGCACCGAUGCUAGUUGCCAGCUGCCCACUCCUAAUGUACACCAGUCAAGACAGAAUAAAAUGUGAGUUGUACCAUG